AUGUCUGUCAAGAACUACCCAAAAGACGCCCGCUGGAUCAAGAUUACUGUUUGGUUGGCGUUUGCAAUGGAAACGGUCAUCGCUGUACUGACAGCUAUUGCUACCUGGAAUACAUUUGGUGUGGGCUGGGGAAAGGUCGAAGCGUUGCGUAUCAUCGACAAAUCUUGGUCCCCGUUGCCAAUAUUCAACUCACUUACUGCGAUGAUAGCGCAGACCUUCUUUGCAUGGAGGAUCUGGAAGCUCACUCAUAAGAUUUGGAUAUCAACUGGUAUCACAAUACUCGCAACAGCUGGAAGCGCGUUCGCAUGGUAUUACAAUAUCAGGAUCGACUUGAUGGGACGGCACGUAGAAGCAGUUUCUUCAGUCAGCGCCUUCAUUUCCGCCUGGCUCGCCUGUAACGUCUUGUGCGAUGUGUCCAUCACAGGGGUAAUCGUUUUCACGCUAUACAAAGCUCACACGGCUGCUGCUGUGUCCAAUACGGCCGCAACCCUAAUGAAUAUUCUCAAAUUCACCGUUGAGACAGGUCUCAUCACCGCCGUUUGGUCAGUGAUUGAGCUUUCGCUAUGGCUGUCCAUGCCAGGCAACAGCUUCCACUGGAUUUUCUUCUUGGCUCGUGGGCGGAUAUACAAUAACUGGCUCCUCGCUACCCUCAAUUCGCGUAUCUACGUGUCAAAUCUAUCAUCGUUAACUUAUGUUAGCAUGAACUUCGACCAGCAGUCAGCGAUGUGGGCGGACAUGCCUACCAAUGUUGAUGCUCCGGGCAGUAGGGCCCAUCGCUUUGGUAGAGUCCAUAUAACAACAACAACGGAAGCUCACAUAGACCAGGAGAUGGUUGUUAUCUCAUCAGAUUCCCCACCACAAACUAAGGCCCAUCUCAGCGAGGCAUAA